AUGCCGGCCGCAAACGGCUCGCACCACCACUCGAACUCGAAUUCAAGUCUGACCAUCUCCAACCGGUCGUUCUUGGAGGGGGCCACCAUCAAUGGCUCGCCGGGAGGAAACACCAGUGUCUCUGCUUCCUGGACGGUCGUGAACUCCAUCGCGUCCUCCGCGGCGGAGAGAGAUGCUCAACUGAAGGACCUAACUGACCAGCUCAACCAUGACAUAAUGGUCAAGGAGGGUGCAGAAGCGAUGUUGCAGGAACCGCUCACGGGUAGCCUCAGGACCGACGUCGAGCAAGAACUUGCCAUCGCCAAAGAACGUAUCGUCCGCUUGCAACGUACCAUUGACACAUACAAUGCGCGUGACCGCGACCGCAAGCGGACCAACGAUGCCCGACCGCGCCGCAAGUUCGCUGGUGCGCCGCUCAAUGAGACCGCGAACUGGGUCACGAACUGGAAGACGGACGGGACGGAACGAGCACCCUCGCACCACCACGCGACGUCACCCGCGCCGUCGCCGUCGACGUCCCCCUCGACGUCCACGCUCCCGAACCCGGCGACCGCGACGGAGGCGGAGCUCAGCCGCGCGCGGAUAGAGACCAUGAACAGGCUCAUCGGGAUCCUGCAGAAGAACAUGCGGGUGCGGUACGAGAUCGAGGUCGGGGAGGUGGUCGUCGCCCUCCUCCCAUGUCUCGCGGACAAGGCGACGAAGCAGGCGCGGGCGACCGCGUACCGCCUCAUCCGCCACUCGCUCGUGGACGCGCACUCGGUGCAGCGCAUCGGCGAGCAGAACCUGGACUGGUACAUCGUCAAAACGCUCUCCCGCGACAAUAAGCACUCGGUUGAGAAGGAGCAGGCCGUCAAGCUCAUCCGUGCCGUGGUUGAGAUCGGGUCGGAGCGAUACGCGCCGCACACCGCCGUCGGCUCGGGGACCGUCCCGCUCUCGGACGCGGUCAUGCGCGCCAUGAUCGCCGUCGCGGAGUCUCCGGACGACCCUUUCAAGUCGAUCUGCCUCCAGACGCUCACCGAAAUUCUGCUCAUCGACAUCGAGCUGAUGGCGCGAACCGGGGGCAUACGGUUGCUAUUGCAUGCGCUAGCGGAGGGUCCGCUGGACAUGGCCCCCCUGCUUACGUCGGCAUUCCUCCACAUCAUCGAUUCGCCCCAAACGAGAGCGUAUCUUGAACCCGGCAUGGAUAUCGAGAUCGCCUUUACAGGGAUUACCGACGCCUAUGGCAAAAGCAUAGAACACAUGGAACGGGUGAAGGGCUGUGCCCGCAUCUUCUCGUCUAUGCUUCGCUCUUGGAGCGGACUCAUGUACUGCUGCGUGAACGACAAAGCUGCGAUCCGAGCCGUCGUGGAUUGUUUGCGAAUACCUGCCCUUGAGACCCGAGAAGUUAUUCUCGAUACCUUCUUCCAUCUCCUCAACAUCAAACUACCCGAGUGGCAUCGAGCGUUCAUCGACGGUCGACGGCUUACAAUGUAUCGGAAGUCAAGACUGAGCGCUGAGAUACAACGGGCGGAGAUUCCCCAUCGGCCACCACACACUCUGAAGCUCACCGACCAGUACAUUGCCCUCCUCAUCCUGAUAUUCACCAAAGCCGGCUUGCUCGAUGCAUUAACGUCGAUGUUCGAGGAACCAGGGAUCGAACCCGCUUUGUCCCGAAAGGCCACAUUGCUCAUGGCAGAGGUUCUGCAAAAAGCCAAUCGCGUUUUGCCUCUAUCAGUAGCAGCGAAAAUCCAGUCUUUGCCUCGGAUCUUCAAUCUUGCAUCGGACUACAACGACAACGAACAUAGGAUUAUGGGUUCGUCGGCGUUAACCCUCAUCGAUAGUUUCAACCGGCAUCACUCGCGGUCGGAACCUACUGCCAAGGGCGACGCUUCUCGGCCAAGAGCGAACUCGGUGGAAGAGUCCAUCCGAAGAGGCCAGCGAGCGGUUGAGCAAGAUCGUAUGAAAGUCCGGAUCCAGGUGGACGACAGGACGUUCCAGGCAAACCUGCUCGAGACGCAAGUGAUGCUCACGAAGGACCACACGAAGUGGUCCUACGACACGCUGCUCGACCUGAUCGAGGGUCCCUUGCACAAUCCAAAACGGAUGGAAGAGGCCAUCAAGGUGCUCAAGUAUAUCCGGCGGCUCAUGUCGUUCUUCCACCCCUUCGCGCACCGGUAUAGCGACCUGUCGAGGAGCAAGUUCAACAUGCGGUGGACGCGAAUAGGCUGCUCCUUGCUCACUGCGCUCCUUGCGUGCCCGGACGGCGUGCGGUUCCUAGCAGAGGACGAGUUCCUGGGCCAGCUGGUGAAGAGCUUUGCACAGCUUGAUCCUCUCAACCCAACGCCUACCACCGAUCCGAUUUUCUCGAAGGAGCGGAUGGAGAAGACCCUCACUGGUGGCUACUUCGAGAUGGUCGGAGUUCUAAGUAGACGAAAAGAAGGCAUUGAGUUGCUGGAGAAAUUCCAGCUUUUCACGGCCUUCUACCAUCUCAGCGAGUUGCGCAGCAGAGAGGACCUCAUCACUGGCAUCGUCGAGAACCUCGACUACAGCAUUGACGGCCAUUCCCGGAUUGUCUUGUCGAAGACGCUGACAUCGAGCUACAAGCAUGUCCGCUUAUAUGCGACCAACCAUCUCGGAGGGCUCAUCCGCACAAGCCAGACCGCUAAUGCUUGGACAAUACGCCUCCUUCUGACUCAACUGUACGACCCCGCAGUCGAAGUACGAGAGCUCGCAGUGCGCUUCUUGGAAGAGGCAUGUGAAGCAACGGACGUCCUCCAGAUGGUAGUCGAGAUGCAGCCCACCCUAGACCACCUUGGAGAGAUCGGACACCCGCUGCUGCUCAAGUUCAUGUCGACCACCGUCGGUUUCAGGUUCCUCUAUGCGGCAAGCUAUAUUGAUCGGGAGAUGGAGCUUUGGUUCCAUGAACGUAACCUCCACUACGUAGUCCACAUCGAGGUCUUUCUUGCGAAGGCGUUCAACGAGAAUGGCGGAGACGAGGGUGAUGAGAUGCUCGCAUUUGAUGGCAUCGUUCCUCCGCAUUUCUACGGCGUCAUGGCCAAGACGGAACUCGGCUGCGAGGUUCUUCAAGAGAAAGGCCACUUCUCGGAAUUCGCGCAGUUCAUUCGUGCCCAUGGCCUCGAACAAAGCGAUCGUGAUAUUAUCAUGAAGUUGAAGAGCGUCCUUUGGGCUGUGGGCAACAUCGGGGCUGCGGAGGGAGGCCUGCCGUUCUUGGAAGAAGAAGAGAUCAUCCCACAUAUCCUGAACAUCGCAGAACAAUCUCUUGUGCUCUCUGUUCGAGGGACAUGCUUCUUCGUGCUCGGCCUGAUUUCGUCCACCCCGCAAGGCGCUGAGAUACUCGAUGAUUACAACUGGGAAGCCACGCUUUCUCCCCUUGGACUGCCGAGCGGCCUCUGCGUUCCCGUCGAUGUGGAACAGUUCGUUUCCAUUGAUCCUUGGAAAUGUAUAGCCAGCGAGACAGUGGACGACAGUCGGCUCAUCCCUCCUGAGAGCGAGGAAGAGAAUGAGCUCAUGACUGCCCUCUACAAUCUCGCGAACACCGUCAUCGCCAAUGCCGCGUCGCGGACGCUCACGAAGAUGAAGAGCAAGCCGGAGUACAGGCACAUCUUCAGCUCGCCACGCGUGUUCUAUCGGGCGCUCCACACGAUCUCAACGCAGAAGUAUCGCAUGCCGGUCCGGCGGUACAUCAUCGACCUGUUCAACAUCGAGCUCGACGCGGACGUCGUGCAGGAGCUGACGGAGAGUGCCAUGGCCCUCCGGAUGCCUCCUCCCGAGCGAGAGCCCCCAGCCCCCGCGAGCAACGGCGACGACCAGGACUCGGAGAACGGUGAGCCGGAGAGGGCACCGGAGGUUCCCGGGGUAGGGGAUGGCGCAACGGUGGAAGACGCGUCGACAGAGGAAGACUCGCCGCGGCCGCCCCCGCCUCCCAUCCCGAGGGCGGUGCAGAACGCGCGGGAGUCGGUGAUGCCGUUCCGGCAGCGGUCGGUGCGGCAGCCAGUGUCGGACUCGAGCGAGGAGGAAGAGUCGGACAUGGAAGAGGAGGUGGUGACGAAGAAGCGGCACCGGGCGCCGGUCAUGAGCUUGCGGCCCAAGAGUCGGAUCAUUGGUUUCAACUGA